CCUCCUCUCUUUCCGCAUUCUACUCGUACGGUCAUUCAACUCUCCACUCACUCCCGCUUACCGCGACUACUCUUUGCAUCACCUACGAGCCCUUGUGAACUUGUCCAAGGAUCCCCUCUUCACGACUUUUUUUUCCCAAAGGAAAUCGAGACAUUACAGAAAAAAUGUCAAAAGCGGUCGAAGCCGUUGUUUCCAGUAAGAAACCAGAGCAGCUGUCUGGUCUCCAGCUGUAUUCCCGCUUCGCUUUUGCUGGCGCCGUCUGCUGUGGUGUCACCCACGGUGCGUUGACUCCCGUUGAUGUUGUAAAAACCCGCAUUCAACUUGACCCCGUUACCUACAAUCGUGGUCUUGUCGGUGGCUUCAAGCAGGUCGUUCAGAAUGAGGGUGCUGGCGCCCUUUUGACCGGGUUUGGCCCCACCUGUGCUGGAUACUUCUUGCAGGGAGCAUUCAAGUUUGGGGGAUAUGAGCUUUUCAAGCAGCAGAGCAUCAACAUUCUUGGAUAUGAGACCGCUUCGCAAAACCGAACAGCUGUCUACCUUGCUUCUUCGGCACUUGCCGAAUUCUUCGCCGACAUUGCCCUAUGCCCGUUGGAGGCUACCCGUAUCCGUCUGGUUUCCCAACCCGACUUCGCUUCCGGCCUCCUCUCGGGUUUCGGCAAGAUCUUGAAGAACGAGGGUGUUGGUGCUUUCUACUCCGGAUUCGGGCCCAUCCUAUUCAAACAGGUCCCAUAUACCAUGGCCAAGUUUGUCGUAUACGAGAAGGUUGCCGAGACUGUCUACUCCUACUGGGAUAAGAAGUCCAUGUCCGACGGUGCGCAGACUACCGUCAACCUGGGAUCUGGUUUGAUCGCUGGUUUCGCUGCUGCCAUUGUGUCCCAACCCGCCGAUACUAUGCUUUCAAAGAUCAACAAGACUAAGGGGCUUCCCGGCGAGGGAACUACUACUAGAUUGAUCAAGAUCGCUAAGGAAUUGGGAUUCAGAGGCUCAUACACCGGUAUCGGUGCCCGUCUGUUUAUGGUUGGAACCUUGACUGCUGGUCAAUUCGCGAUCUACGGUGAUAUCAAGAAGGCCCUUGGUGCCGUUGGCGGUGUCGAGAUUAGCAAAUAAACGAAGGAAUGGAUGAAUAGAUAACACGUUUGGAAGAAGUUUUCCUUUUUUGUGCUUGUUUCCUGUAAUCUAUUUUUUAGGGUUUGGGCUAGACCUUAGAAGUGCUGUUAAAUAGACAUUAAUAUACCCCCCCCCUCAAUCA